AUGGCAAAGGGUGCUCGCUCCAGCGCUCGCAAGACGAACAACCGCGCUCUCAAGGCCAAGGUCUUCGGCCCCGUCGAGACCGCGCGCACCGAACGCCUGUCGCAGAAGCUGCUCGAGCUCGCUCAGCAGCCCGCACCCCCGAAGAACGAGAUGGACAUCGAGAAGGAUGGUGAGCGCGCCCCGGCCCCGCGCCAUCUCGCGCUGGUUGCCGCUGACACUCCCACAGAGCCUGAGCACAGCGCCGCGCAAGGGAAGGCUCCGGCCGACCAGGCAGAAGGUUCGUCAAAGUGCUUCACUUGGCCCAUUCCGCCCUCGCUCCUAGCCAGCACAAAACCCACCAAGCAGCACAUUGCCGAGGAAGAGGCAUUUUACCAUUUCCUCGGGCUGUCGGGCGAUAUCGCGGGCUUCUCCGCGGAAGGCGAUCUGGCUAUGGAAGUUGACGGCGCGAAACCUUCCAUGUCGAGUCUGAAGAAGAAAACCGGCCGCAUUCAGAAGAAGAGGCGCGGCAAAGCCACCUCCACCAUCAAAUUCGACAACUUGCGCAAAGGGAAAGCCGCCGGAAAGAAGAGCGGAAAGCGGUAG